UUAACUUGAAACCAACCUGUGGAAAAUUACCUGCUACGUACCUGUCAUUAAUUUAUUUCUUUCUUGUAAUUUAUGUAGGUUGAAUUACAUUAUAAUAUUAAUGAUUCAAUAUUAGAAAUGGCUGCUCCUGUAGUUAUCACCUCUUGGAAGAGCCAUCAGGCUCACUGCAUACUAUUUGCUUCAGUGCAUGAAGAUGUUGAACCAUCAACCAGAGAAGUUGAACUCUACAUAUCAGAGUCUAGCUGCAAUGAAUACAAUGACCAUGCAAUUGUUGAAGAGAAGAAGGUACAUGAUGAAUGUUUACUGCCUGGCCCAUAUUGCGAAUCUCUUCCUCAAGACUACACCAUCAGGAGCUUCAGUCUUGAAAUAAUUAAGGAUUACCAUCUCCCUGGCAUGCCUUUGGAUACGUUCCAAAGCUUCAGUUCCUAUUGGGCUACAAACGGCGCCGUCUUAUGCUGCACGUCCUGGGUAACGCUCUACCCCUUCUUGUGUCAGCGCUCUGUUGUCGACUGGAGUGCCAAAGCAUUGAGAGAAACAUAUGAACUUAUGCCGUGUCUGCAAUGGCUGUCAUGCUAUCACGAUGUUGAUGCUUCAACUGCAUCCUUGAACCUUGUUGACGAGGGGGCCUGUGGAAGAGAAGUUUACAGUGAAUGUGGUGUUGAAUUGAUCAAAGUUGAUGAUCGAAGCCAGCUGCUUAGAAGUGCUUAUCAAAAAUUUGUGAUAUUUCGAUACGUUUGA